UGCAUAAUUAAGGAACAAUUGCGUAUCGGUUAAUUAUGACAUAAGUCAUUAUUUAAAAAUGUAUAUUGGUUAAGUAUACUAAAAAAAAACUUUAAUUAACAGAAAAUAAAGAUAUAUAUUUAAAAAAAUUCAAGUUAAUUUUGUUAUAUAUUAAAUAUUUCAAUUAGCGAGUCAACCUGCUUGAAUUAAAAUGUAAGAACUAAUUGUAUAGAUAAAAGUUUGGAACGUUACAUGUACAUGGGUGUGAUGUUCUAUCACCGCUGGGGAUAACGUUCGCAACUUACUACACCUCGGACCGUUACACUUGGUUAACCAAGACAAUCGAGAUCAACGAUUGCUUGCAACAUACGUCAAAGUGUUAUUACAGCACCGCUCUAACAGUGUAUCUUACUAACUAUCAAUUUUGUCUCAUAAAAGAUUAAAAACAGCUGUCAAAUGAUAAGAUAAGUGACAAUGAUAGAAGAUCAAUAUGCCACGAAUAAUAUUUGCCACACUCUAUCGAAAAAUUCGGAAAUACGAUGCGCGGGAUUUCACGAUACGCGAAACUAAUAUUAUUUCUAUGCGUUGGAUCCGUAAUAUUUUGUGCAAUUUUUGGUACUCUUCCAAGUAUCCUCAGAAGAGUUAAUAAUGUGGUUGUGAAACAAAUGAAACACCGACAACAAAUAAAAGAAGAAUUACUAAGAAAUGAACAGAUUGAAACAACGUCUGUACUUGGAAAAUGGCUCUUGUCUUCUGAAGGAAGUUUAACACCACCGAUAAUAAAUAAGAGAAAGGAACCGUAUUUAAUCUUAAUUUGGAAGCACGGAAUGUUUUUGGAACGUAGGCACAUCAGACGUUUUACGAAUAAAAAGUUUUCACCUUGGGAAAAUUGUACAGUAAAAUGUGUAUUAAGUUACCAAUCCAAAGAUUUAAAUAUAGCAGAUGCAGUUGUGUUUCAUUUGCAUCUGACACAAAAUGUACUGGAGUUGCCAAUCAGAACACGAUGGAAUCAGAGGUGGAUCUUUUUGACUGAUGAAUCGCCAAUACACACUUUUAUCUAUGGAAAUCAACAAUUGUCUAAAUAUAAUGGUUUAUUUAACUGGUCAAUGACGUAUCGAAUGAAUAGUGAUGUGCCAAUACCUUACGGCAGAACGAUUUCUACUUCGUUUAUAAAUUCACCAAAUAUAAAUUUUUCGAAGGAUCUGAUACAAAAAUCAAAAACUAAACUGGUCACUGUGAUGGGUAGUAAUUGCGGAGGCACUAAUGAUCGAUGGAAAUAUAUUAGCGAAUUGAAAGUAAUUCUCGGUAGUGAUCUUGAUAUAUAUGGAAAAUGUUUAAAUGGUAAUACGACCGCAUGUCCGGGUCAUUUCGAUAAAGAUUGUUCUGUUUUAAAUUCCUACAAGUUUUAUUUAGCUUUUGAAAACUCAAAUUGUAGAGAAUACUUAACAGAAAAAGUAUUCUGGCAUGGUUAUCACAAAUUAGCAAUACCAGUAAUAAUGGGUGCACCAAAGAAAGAUUGCGAGAAAUUAUUACCACCACAUUCGUUCCUUCACGUUAGUGAUUUUGUUAAUCCGAGAGCUUUAGCAGAUUAUAUUCGCUAUCUUAAUAAGUACGAUGAUAAAUAUUUCGAGUUCCAUGAGUGGCGUAAAUAUUACAAAGUAAUCAACGAACAUGGUUAUUUUGGCAGCAUGUCACGACAUUAUUGCCGUAUUUGCGAAGCUCUUCAUUAUAAUUCUCCUGCCCCCAAAGUGUACGAGGAUAUGGAAUUGUUUUGGAACAAAAAACGAGAUUGUACUCUCUGAUAUAUUUAAAUUUUAUUUGUCUUUGUAUUAUAUUGUUAUCACUGUUUAACGUUACUGAAUUAAAUUUUUAUCUGUUAAACUUA